AUGGAGAAACUGGCCGACCACCUGUGCAGUCAAAUCGAGCAUGUGGCUGGGGAAAUCUUUGUCGGACACUUGUGUACUAAGUACAGAUACACGCAAAUAUCUAAAGCCAACUGUGAACGGGGAAACUGGCCAACCACCUGUGCAGUCAAAUCGUGCAGGUGGCUUGGUUGGGAAAUCAUUCCCAGACACUUGCGUACUAAGUACCAAUACACACAAAUAUCUCAAGCCGACUGUGAAUGGGGAAACUUGCCAACCACCAGCGCAGUCAUAUCGGGCAGGUGGCUGGGGAAAUCAUGCUUGGAGAACUAG